AUGGCGAGGCCCCGGGGCCGCGGUGGGGACGGCGAGGCCACCGCCCUGCAAGGCCACCCGGCUGCAUCUCACCUCGCCCUGCCAGCACCCACGGCCCGGGCGCCGCUCCGUGUUGCGGAGGAAGCCAGCCCGGCCCCUGCCACCGCGGAGCCGCAGCACCGGGAGCCGCAGCACCGGCGCCGAUGCCACCACGACCGGGACUGUCCCCGCGCCGAGGCGUGCUGCCAGCACCGCUGCAGCCGGGAGUGCCACGUGCACCGCCGAGAGGAGGUCGCCCCGGUGCCCGCCGCCCCGGAGCCACGCCACUGGCGCCGAUGCCACCACGACCGGGACUGUCCCCGCGCCGAGGCGUGCUGCCAGCACCGCUGCAGCCGGGAGUGCCACGUGCACCGCCGAGAGCGGCACCAGCAGAGGAGCUGCCGCCAUGACCAGGACUGCCCACGCGCCGAGAGGUGCUGCCGGCACCGCUGCAGCCCCGAGUGCCCCGCCGGGACGGAGGGGGUCCCCAGGGCUGCGCCGGCCUGGCCUGGAAGGAUGAGGUGCCGGAGCGACGAGGACUGCGACGGAGGAGAGACGUGCUGCGGCGCCUGGUGCGCCUGGGAGUGCAGCCCGUGGAGCCAGGAGAAGCCCGGCUUCUGCCCCGCCAGCCCCGGGCUCUACUCCAGCUACGAGUGCGUGGCCAGGUGCCGAGGGGACAGCGAGUGCCCCGCGGAGCAGAAGUGCUGCCUGCGCGGCUGCGACUACGUGUGCCUGCCCCCGGCCCGAGAGAAACCGGGAAUCUGCCCCCUGAGCGAGGAGAUAGCGUCGCUCCCGCCCCCGUGCAAGGCCUCGUGCGCCGAGGACCGGCAGUGCCCGGGCCACGACAAGUGCUGCGACAGCAGGUGCGGCCACGUGUGCUUGGCCCCCGAGCGAGACAAACCCGGCGAGUGCCCGAAAAUGAGGCCGCGGCAGACGCCCGAGCCGUGUGUGGAGGAGGACGCCUGCGUCCACGACCGGGACUGCCCCAGGCAGGAGAAGUGCUGCUUUGCUGGCUGCGCCAUGCGCUGCAUCCUCCCCGCGAGAGAGCACCCCGGGACGUGCCCCCGGGCGAGGCCGUGCCGGGAGCCGGGCGGCAGACACGACAACCAGUGCCUGGACGACAGCAUCUGCCCACGAGGCGAGAAGUGCUGUGACGUGGGCUGCAGCUGGCAGUGCGUGGCCGUGCUCAGAGAGAGCCAGGACGGGGCCGCCGGGCCGUGCGUGGAGGAGUGCAGCGCCGACGCGCAGUGUCCCCAGGGACAGAGGUGCGCCAGCGCCGGCUGCAGCCGUGUCUGCGAGGACGUGCCCGGAGGGGCGGUGGGAGUGUGCCCCGUCCCCCAGGAUGCUGGGACCUGCCUGGACCUGUGCAGCUUCGACGAGGAGUGUCCCUGGGGCGAGAAGUGCUGCAGCAACGGCUGCGGCCAUGUGUGCAUGCCGGCCUCCCUUGAAGAGCGUGACACCGCCGCCGUGCCGCAGCACGGUGCCGGGCCGUGCGUGGACGAGUGCAGCGCCGACACGCAGUGUCCCCAGGGACAGAGGUGUGCCGGCGCCGGCUGCAGCCGCGUCUGCGUGGACGUGCCCAGAGGGGCGGUGGGAGCGUGCCCUGUGCCCUGGGGCCGCGGGACCUGCCUGGACCUGUGCAGCUCCGACGAGGAGUGUCCCUGGGACCAGAAGUGCUGCAGCAACGGCUGCGGCCACGUGUGCACGCCGGCGCUGGGCGCCGGCAGCAAUAAAGCGAGCGUGUGCCAGUCUCCUGCGGCCUCCGCGUCUCUGCAGCACUGGGUGCCCCACGGGAGCCUGCAGCACCGUGCGGAGGGGCAGGAUGGGACCGGCCCCGUGGCUCAGCCCCAACAGGGCAUCAUCGGCCAGCUCCCGGCGGGAGGGGAGGGCGGCGGAGGAGAGGGACGCCUGUCAGCAGGGAGUUGGGGCUGA